GAUGAGAAAUUAAAGCUGGCAACUUGUGAUUUUGGUCUGCUGCGAAAACUUAAUACCGAAAAUGGAAACUUUAUAAAAUUUUUAUUGUGAAUAAGGGGAAAAAAAUUGUAUAGAUGCAUUCUAUCUAAAAUAUGAGAGUAAGAUUAAAAAGAAUUAAAAGAUUUCUGUAGUUUUUCAAAAAUUAUCUUGGUUUUUAUUUGUUUUACGUGGGAUAGUCUGAAUUGCAAUUUGAAAGCAUGGAUGAAGACAGGGAUAAAGAGACAGGAGAAUCAUCUAACUCCCAGCAACCUUCCAAGCCAAGAGAUAUUCCUUGCAGUAGUGGUGGGAGAUCUCCUAUUUUAGGAGCUGCUGUUAUGUUUCCUUCAUCUGUGCCAGCAUCACCUCCAUCCUUUAUCUCUCUUGAACAACUAUUAAAAGCUGCGGAAGAUGUUUCAAAAUCUGGAUUCAACAUGGCUCUAGCUCAUGAGAUUGCUGUUAAUAAAGACUUUAAAUUGCAGCAAAAUGUUCCAAAAUCCAGUUUAGAAGAAAAAGUCACAGAGAUCUUUCAUAAGGCCUUCUGGGAUCUUCUUACAGAGCAGUUGUCUAGUGACCCGCCUGAGUACACACAAGCUAUGGUUUUAUUGAAAGAAAUUAAAGAGAUUCUUAUUUGGUUACUUCUUCCACACAAUACACGUUUAAAGAAUGAGAUAAAUGAGGUUCUUGAUUUAGACCUAAUUGAACAGCAAGCUGAGAAAGGCAUUAUUGAUGUGUUGAGCUAUGCACAAUUCAUCAUUUCCACUAUGGCCAGAAUUUGUGCUCCUGCUAGAGAUGCUAAGAUAAAGGAACUCCGACAGUUAACAGAAGUUGUCCCAUUAUAUAAAGGAAUUUUGGGGACACUGGACUUGAUGAAGAUGGAUAUGGUGAAUUUCACCAUUUCCCGCAUGAGGCCACACAUACAGCAACACUCCAUCGAAUAUGAGCAGGGAAAAUUCAAAGAAAUACUCCAGUCCUUGGAAGGCUUAACCCCACCUGUUGAUGGCUUGAAAUUUACUCGUCUAUGGUUACAGAACGUAUACAAUGAAGUCAUGGAAACUUACAGUGAGGGAGAUCCUCCAAAUUCACUCAUUCUCAGGAGAGCAUAUUUAAAAAUCCUGAGGUGGAAGAAAGCAGAAUAUUUUCCAGAAACUUUGCAUUUAGAUCAUGAACGUUUUAUUACACUCAGGGAUGAUUUAACUGUGAUGGUUCUCACUGCUACUGUGAUACUCGUAACUUAUUCCACUGUGGGACCAGCCAUUCAGGGGAUCACUGAUUUCAAAAAUACAUUGAAGAGUCAUGUGCAGAUUCUAUUGGCUGAUGCCCCCCAAUGCAGUAGCCAAAACGAUUUUGAAGCUAAAAUGGAAACGGUUGGCCUUCAGGUAGCUAAAGAAGUCAAUGAAUGUUUGGAUAAACAUGGAUAUACUGUUUUAGACAAGGAAAAUGAAUCAUCUUUGAUUGCAAUGAUUAAAAAAACAGCAUCUGAAGAUCAUAAUGUCCGUCAACUCAUUAUGAAACGUGUGUUAGAAUUCCUGGAACUUGCUUUACACACAUCAUCCAACCUGAAAAUUCCACCUGGAUUGUCAUCUCUCCAAAAUGAGUUGUCAGUUUUUGCAGGCCAAUUUCUAUCACUAAUCAAACACAAUCAGGCUGUCUUUGAGGAAUAUUAUAAUACUAUUAUCAAUGAAGCAAAAUCAAAGAAAUAGCCAUAAUCAAAAGCAUUUGUUUUUUUUAUUAUAUUUUUAUUUAACUCUGGUGAAAAGGCACAUUAAUCAUAUUUAGUCCUUUCUAAAUGAUAUAUUCAUUUGAACCACAUUUUAAACAAGUUUUCCAUAUAGAUCCAAUUCAAACUACUUAUUUUUCUAAUAGCAUUAUUGUGAUUAUAUAAAAACUUGUGUAGACAGUGGGGAUUUUUUGAAAAAAAGUAACCCAAAAUAAAAUAUGUUAUAAUGUGACUUAAGUUCAUUUGUGACUUUUAAUGAUUUAGUUAUGUGACUUUUUAAUGUUGUUGUAUUAUCAAAUGCUUUUUAAUAAAUAAAAUUAUUUAUAAAGUUGAA